AAUUCAACCAAAAACCAAACCUCGAUCUUUUUUCUCGAUCAUGGCCUGCAAUCGGCAUCCAUCCUUCAGACCAGUCGACAAUAACACACACCAACGACACUCCUUCUUCUUUCAGUCACCAUGACGAAGGCUCUCCCCUCGGGCGCUCUGACGAUCGCGAACGUUGAAUAUGAUUUCGAAGAUUAUGCCCUGAAGCAUGGAAUCCCUGACACUUUGGAUCCUUUGCCGUACCGCAAGGCGGGGUCUGUCUUUGCAACAGGAGAUGAAGCAGAGCCUGUGUUGACCAGUGCUAAGCAUGACCCUCGUCUUCGAACCGUUGUCUGUCGCCAUUGGCUGAGAGAUCUCUGUAUGAAGGGGUCGGCCUGUGAAUUUCUGCAUCAAUAUGAUCUCAGUAAGAUGCCCCUGUGUCGAAGAGGAGAAAAAUGUCUAUUGAAGGACUGUCCAUUUCGGCACAUCAGUGAAGAGAAUCGCUUGGAAUGUGUAUUUUACAGCCAAGGAUUCUGUAUCCAUGGACCCUACUGUCGUUACAAGCACCUCAGAAAAGAAAGGGCCGAUCUGCCGCUUGUGGCAGACUUCACUCUGGGAUUGAGUCAAAUGCAAGCUGCAGGCAAGGAUGGGGCUCAACCGAGGCGGCCUGCUCCAAAACCAAACGAAUUUUACAAGAUUAGUCUCUGCAAACAUUUUAUUCAAGGAGAGUGUCCUUUUGGAGAUGGUUGCCAUUUCGCUCACGGAGAAUCUGAACUGCGCAAGUUCCCUAGACAGGAACAGAAACAACCCGAGAACACAGAGCUUGGCGACAACUUGUUUGCUAGUCAAGAACACGUCACUGUCGAUUACUUUCGAGGCGGUAAUUCUGGAGGUGGCCUGCCCAGCCCAAUUGUUGAACCUGAUCAGGCACACUUCUUUAUCAUUCUAGCCGCAACCCAGCGAGACCUGGCAAUCAGCACAGUACAAGGAAAGUGGUAUCUUCAAAGGCGCCAUGCUGAGGCUUUGAAUCAUGCCUACCAAGAUGGGGCCAAACAAGUCAUGGUGUUCUUUACAGUCAGUGGGUCAAAUCAUAUCCAAGGUGCCGCACUGGUCAUGUCCAGGGCCAGCUAUCAAGAAUCCCUUGGAAAGGAAGGAUCGCACCAUGGUUUUGAUUAUUGUCUCAAUGUGAAAUGGUACCGCACCACUGAGAUGCCGUCGCAAACUGCCAGGGAAGCUGCACCGGACCUCAUUUUCCCAACCAGUGACACUAGUUUUUGCCAAACCAUGUCACCACGAACGGGUGAGGCGUUGAUGAAGGCAGUUUGGAAUUCACCCUUGGUUUCACUUCAUGAGUCCUGGACAGGCGACAAAGAACCACCUGCACCAGACGCGCUACUUUCCGACUUCCGCGCUCCGCUUCCCGAGGAACUUGCUUGGCCCACCAUGCCAGGCCCGGGGUUCAUCUUUGGAUGCAGUAGUGACACCAUGGACGAGUGCCUUGGAAGGGGUAUCUUUGGCCUGCCAGCACAUAUGAAAGGCGCGGCUUCCUGCAUCAGACCUGGCGCCUCUAUCUUUCUUAUGAACGUGAGCGACAGGCUAUUGUUUGGAAUCUUUGAAGCGUUGACUCCAGCUCUGAAUAAUAUUGAGCCUACCUUUGCUUCCAAGAAUGUGAAUGCAAAGGUGUCACCCUUCCCAGUUCAGAUUAGGGUGCGUAUUAGUUUGGAGUGUCCGCCCUUGGAAGACACCGACCCUAUCUUUUGUGCCAUUCUCCGGUCUCGAGGAAGUGGGCGAAUCGGCUCUUUGACACAGGCUCAAACUGUGGCUGUUGCAUCGCUGCUAGCAAAUCAAUGCGGGGCCCUGCAAUACAUGAUUGAAUACGACAAAGGCAGGAAAGAAGGCGUCAAAGUCGUACCCCCACCAAUCGCCCUUCCUCCGAAGAAGCUGAGAAAGACCUCCCAAUGAUUUUCUUAAAACUAUCGGUUAGGGGUGCAAACAAGGCAACAGCUGCUAUUCUAAUUAAUUGCAUAGCGGUAGCUUGUUCAGAAUCCAUACUAGUUAUCCAUGGAAGUUAAAAUCUCUCUGUCAGUUCUAUUUCUUGGUCACGGCAGCCGCGAGCAGUCAC